AUGACAAAGAAAUUUAGGAAUAAAGUUAAACCUACAGAUCAGGCAACCAAAGAAUAUAGAAGCCCAAAGAACAUCGGAAUACAGCUUAAGAUAUCUAGCAGAAAGAAGGGGAAACAGGGGCGCUUCUUUUCUAUCAAAGAAAUGGCUGAUUCUCCUGUCAAGAAAACAGUUACAAGUGUUUCAACAGAAACUGGGGACCAGAUUUCUGACCUGGACAACCUUCCCUCCACGUCCAGUCAGCCACAGGAAAUGACUGAAGAAGGUGAGAAGAGUGGAGACAGGGAAUCGGUCUCAGUGCUAAGAACUGAAGGAGUGGAAAGUACAGACCACUCAGAGGAAUCUCAGCUUGGUUGUGGUCUACCUGAUCUGAUCCCCCCUCAGGACCAACGAAGGCAAGAGGAAACAAAUCCUGGGGGAGUAGUGGAGAAAGUUGAGGAAACGUCUCCACUGUCCAAAGUACCCAGGUCAGUGGAAGUGACCGUCACAGCAGACAGCAAUGAGGACUUCGCAGGGGCCAUAAUAUCCAUCCCAAACACUGAAACCACACCAAAGAAGAAUUCUGAAGGAGAAUUCACCAUCAGUUCAUGGGUGGAAAGUGCUAACUUGUCACCUCAGAAAACCCCUCCAGCUCUUAUGGAGGAGGUUGCCAUGGAUGGACAUAGUUCUCAAAACAGAGACAGUUCUUGUUCUGACUUGCUUGCCAAGGCUUUACACGAGGCCAUGAUAAGUCAGUCAGAUGUGUCUAUGACGUUAGAUUCCUCACAAUUAGGCAACAAACCACAGAGUACAUCUAGUCCAAUAAAAACCUCGGUGUCUUCAACUAAUUUUGGAUUUUCAAUAGUAUCUGAAAAAGAGACAAAAGAGACUAAGAAUAUGGCCAAAAAUGUAGAGAAGUCAGAUUCAGAAAAAAGCUUUUUAUCAAGUGCUAAACAAUUAGACUUUAGUCCUACAGAUAGACAGAAGAAGAAAAUAAGUGAGAAAAGAAGAAUAGUACCCAAACCAGUCACUGCAGAAACAAGUUGUGUCUCGCCUGCAUUUUCUUUGUCCAGCAUAGACAAUGUUGAAUUCCUUAAAAGUCCCUCAGCCUCUAGCCCUGUUAUUGCCUACACAAACUCCCCAGUGUUCCACAAUGACAAUUCCAAUCUGUCUUUAAAAGUAAGCCCAAAUCCAAAGUCGUGUUCCACAGAGGAGUCUGUAUCGGGAUCUUCAGCUGGCCAAGGUCUGAAACUAAAACUGAGUAAAAACCAGAAUGUGGCCUCUCCAUCUGGGAACAUUAUUUCCAGUGUUGUUGGAUGUGGUCAAGAAGAACCUAAAGGAAGUCCUAGUUCCACUCAGGCAUCGGAUGCACCAGUUGAGAAAAGAGAGACAACUCCUGCAACACCACAGAUUGAAUGGACAAGUUUGAAUGCAAUAAUAGAGAGAUUCAACACUCUGUUGGAGAUGCUGGCUGACGAGACGCCUAGUGAAGAAGACACAACAGAGGAGACAACAGAGUCCUCCAGCUGA